UAAUUUUAAAACUCGAAGGCAGCCACAAUAACAAAUAAGAAUAAGUAUAACUGGAGUAGAAGAAAUCGAAGAAGAAGAAAACUGACAACAAUUGAGCAACUACUGAGAAACGAUAAAGGACAAGAACAACAAGAACAACAAGAACAAAACUGGGUUAACAGUUUUUGAAACAGUUAUGAGAGAGAAAGACCACUCACCAAGAAAGAUGCUUCCUAGCCCAAAACAGGGCUGCGUAUACCCUGCCUUAGGAUUAAUACCCACAUCGUAUAUAUCACAUGUACCUUAUGAUCUGUCCGCCUCAACGACGGCGGCAACAGCGACCAGCAGCAUGACGACAACAACAGCGCGACAACUGCAACAACAACACCAGCAACACCAACACCAACAACAACACCAACAACAUCAACAACAACACCAACAUCAUCAUGGCAAUAAAGCAAAACGACGCAGCAGCUACGAUCAACCGUUGGAUUUGCGAUUGGCCCACAAGCGUCGCCAGCUGCUCGAGGCGGAGGAGCUGGAGCAGAAGCAGCAACAGCAGCAACAGCAGCAGCAGUUGGAUGAUGUGGACGAGCAUCCUGCACAGCCGCUGGAGGAUGAGAAUAGCAAUUUGAUAAUGUUCGCCACGCAGCGUGUCAAGGAGAAGGAGCUAAACAAUAAUCAUAUAGCCGCCUCACUGGCCGAUCUGGGCUUCGAUAUGAGUCGCAAGAUGUUGCGGGCAUUGCGUGAGGGUGUUGCCACGCCCCCAGCGCCAGUGCCAGCGCCCACAGCGACAACGCUACUGGAGGCAAUGAGUAAAACGCUGCCACUGCAAUAUCGCAAUGUAUUCCAUCAAGCAGCAGCGCCGCAACCGCAACCGCCGCCGCCGCCACCUCCACCUCCGCAAGCGUCCAGUGUUGCAGCAAGCGAUUUUCCAUUUCGUCAUCCGCUGAAGAAGAGCGACCUGAGUUGUUGGGGCAACAGCAACGAACCGAAGCUGGAGCCACAUCCCCAACUCCAGGAGUUUCAGACGCGACGCAAAGCCAAGCAGCGACAAACGCCCACAGCAAUUGCCAGCAGCAAUCCAUUGGCGCCGCAGCAGCAACAGCAACAGCAGCAGCAGCAGCAGCGCAACAAGGAUCGAUAUACGUGCAAGUUUUGUGGCAAGGUGUUUCCACGCUCCGCGAAUCUGACGCGACAUCUGCGCACCCACACGGGCGAGCAGCCGUACAAGUGCAAAUACUGCGAACGUUCCUUUAGCAUCUCCUCGAAUCUGCAGCGUCAUGUGCGCAACAUCCACAACAAGGAGCGACCCUUCAAGUGUGAGAUCUGCGAACGCUGCUUUGGCCAGCAAACGAAUCUCGAUCGCCAUCUCAAGAAGCACGAAUCGGAUGCGGUGUCGCUGAGCGCGCUGAGCGGGGUAAGCGAGCGGAUGCAUUGCAUAAGACGCUUCUGUGAGAAUCCCAGCGAGGAGUCCUAUUUCGAGGAGAUACGCUCAUUUAUGGGCAAGGUCACGCAGCAGCAGCAGCAGCAGCAGCAACAGCAGCAGCAACAAGAACAGCAGCAGCAGCAGCAGCAUCAGCAACAUCAACACUCUGCAUCAUCGAGCUGCUCAGCCUCAGACACGCCCACAUCCUCGCAUACGCCCACGCAAUCAUCGGAGUCAGCGGAAGCGCUGGCGCUGGAGCUGAAGCGACUGCAGGCAGAACAGGAGCAACAGGACGAGGCGGAUGAGGAGUCGGAGGAAUCCAAGUCCAUACAGCAAUUGAAACAAACGCUCGCCUCCAAACUAUUUCCCACAACAGCAACAGCAUCAACACCAGCAACAAAAGCAGCCGAAAAGCUAACGGUCAAGCAGGAACCCUAAAAUCCCAAAUCCUGAACUACAAGAAAAGCAAAAAACAAGAAAGAAAAUCGAUCUUCGGCAUGCCGAAUUUGUCGUACUCUUGCAGCAAGUAAUUAACCUAAAAGCAGUCUAAAUUUUGAUAGUAUUUAAUAUAGUUGUCCGAUGUUGAUAAAUGUUGGGAGCAAUAUAAAACUUGACUUGAUUUUUAACCUGCACCAAUUAAAGAUAUAUGUUCCAAGCUUCAGCAAAGUGGCUUCAAUACUGACCGAGUUCACAUAGUUGGCUAGACAGACUAUGCUUUAUGCAAUAGCUAAUAUACCUUGUAUAUUAUCCUCUGCAAGAGUAUUAAAAAAGAAAAAAACAAACACAAUUUCCUAAAU